AUGGCAAUAGCCAAUAGGACAAUGCCUGAAGAGAACACCAUGACUUUGAACAGUUUGAACCCUCAGCCUCGGGAAAGUGGGGAUCCAAAACAGAGACGGAGGUGUCAGGUUGUCCUGGCCAUUAUCCUACUCUUGUUGAUUACUGUAAUAUUGGUAGGGUUCAUCUUAGGAGUAACGGUAUUUAAGGUUAGAGAGCCGAGGACUCAGGUGGUGUCUGCUUCCCUGGAAGGUGUAGCUCCAAGGGUCUCUUUCCCAGUUAUAAAGAUAGAGCUAAACAUCACUCUCAACCUCACCCUUCUGAUUCAGAACUGCAAUCAUGUGAGCUUCAAAAGUGACCAGGGGGAGGGUGUCCUGUUGUUUCAGGCCAAACCAGUUGGGGAAGCUCAUCUUCAUCCCAGUCUCAUUCGAGCAAGGGCUACAUCUACUUUGCUUUGCCUUCUCACUGUUGAGGUUGAUCGCUUUGCUGAUUCCGGCCUCACAUCCCUCAUCAGCAACAUAGCCGCAGGAGAGCUUCUCCUCCAAACCAAAACCAGGAUCCCUGGCAGGGUAACUUUCCUGGGAAUAUUCCAUAAACAUAUUGUCUCUACCUCUGAUUGCCAGAUUGUCAUUGGAUUUCCGGACCUCAAUAUCAAAAGCCAAGACUGCAAGCAGCACAACAAACUUUGA